UUGCUUUGGCUGGAGCUCCUCUGCCCUCGGGGCACGGGCUGCCCCAGGAAGCUUUCAGCCCGAGCACGUCACAAGCCGCAGCCGCUUUGCUCCACUCCUGGCCUUACAUAAGAUGAGGGCGAAGUUUCUACUAUUAGAAACAGUUAUCUGCAUGGCGGGCUGCUGCUCUCCCGGCUACAGCACAGUUAUGACUGCUGGCGGUGGGACUUAAAACUACAGCUAUUUUAAUUCAGGGAGAAGCAAGAAUCAGGUCAAGAUGUGUCGAGAGAAACAGUAGGAUGUGGUUUUCCUUUUUUUUUUUUAAAAAUCUAUAUCCUAGCAUUUGUGCCCUGGACAGGAGUGCCCCAGAAGAGAGCCAAAGGGGAGAGCAUCACUCUAGGCUUGACAGGUAUCUACAGCUGAGUCGGAAAUUAUGGUAGGAGCCUGUGGAGGGCAGCGCUGUCUUGCUGGGGAUGGCGUACUGAAUAGCUCAGAGAUGCCAGCUGCUAAGAAAAGCUGUCUCUGAGACAAACCGAGUGUGUGCAAGAGAGGAGCAAGAUGCCUCACACCAGAGAUGACUCUUCCCCAACCAGCAGUGCAGGGAGCCCAGAUUCCUACGAAACACCAGCGCUAGCAGACCUCCAGCGGCUGAUUUGGUUCAGAGGAGGGUCGGAUAAUCACGUGGACCAAGUCUGGCCAAACAUUUACCUGGGAGAUGCGUGGGCUGCGAGGUGCAAAACUACUCUUCAAAGCCUCAACAUUACUCACAUCCUUAAUGCAGCAGAUGGACCAUACAGUAUCAACACGGGAGCCAGAUAUUACAAAGAUCUGCAAAUAGAGUACUUCGGAGUAGAAGCAUUUGAUGAUCCUUCCUUUGAUUUAAGUAUCUUCUUCUACGAUGCUGCCAAUUUCAUAGGCAAAGCCUUAAACACUUCAGGAGGUAAAGUGUUUGUGCAUUGUGCCAUGGGGGUAAGCCGCUCUGCAUCCUUAGUGCUUGCCUUUUUGAUGAUCCACAAAAACAUGACACUCGUGGAUGCUCUGAAAACAGUGGGUUCUCACAGAAACAUCUGCCCAAACACAGGGUUCCUCAGCCAGCUCCGAGACUUGGACAUUAAAUUAAAUGAAGAGAGGAAAGGAAACAGAGAAUCUGCUGGCAAAAAGUUAUAAGAAAGUAUUCCUAAAAGAAAGAAAGAAAGAAGACAAAACAUUACUUGAGUUUCCUAAAUCUCUUUCAAAUGUAUUACAAUUGCAAACUAAGGAUGUAAGUUUAAGAUACACUAGAAUGCAUGUUAUUAGUAAAAGUACAUUUUACUUGAUCUUCCCAUUUUGCAACACCAUCCUAGAUUAUACUUACAGUUGAUUGUGUAUUGUAUCCUUCACUCUCCACCUUAAAACAUUGCUCUUCUGGUUUAAGAAAAAAAAAAAAAAAAAAGAUAUCAGGUUCCACUUCAGAAAUAGCUGCAUUUCAGCAACGAGUGAAGCUCAUAUCACUUUAUGAAGUGUUAGGCUAUUUGAGGUGAAAGAUGCCAUAUUAUUUAUGCUACAAUAAUGCUCAGAAGUUUUCUUAUGAAUCAGCCUCCCCCCCACCCCUUUUGCUUUCCAUAUCUAAAAUGGUUUAUAUUUUGAGACUUGAAUCUGGCACUAGUUAAUUCUUGCUUUUACAACUGGUGGAGCCCCUGAGUUGGGGGUAAAGAGGCUGCUUAGAGGCAGAGCAGCUGGGAUACAACACAAGCCACUCUUAAAGAAAUGAUUCCAAGUCUAUUUACAGUGAUUUCCUUUUGACUGUUCAUCAAAUAAUCAUUGUUUUUUUUUUUCUUUCAUGAAAAAAUCUUUGUUCAAGAGGGCACUCAAAUCCUCUUCAUCUUCCCUAGUAAAAUUCAUCCAGGAGGUGCUGUGGAAAAUGCUUCUGAAGAGGAAAGUGGGUUCCAAGCUGAGGCUCCGAACAGCCACAUAGGCAGUGGGAGUGGGUGCAGGAAGGAAUUUGACAACAAAGUUCAAGGGAUCCCAAAUCUGUCUGGCAGUUCAACAUCAUAAAACUCAUGAUUUUCUUUCUCAGAAAUAAAGGCCAUUAGCAUUGCAA